UCAAUAAACAAUCAGGAAAUUGGUUCGUGUAGACCGUUACAACCGAGGGUGUGGACGUUCGAUGUAAGAUGAAGUAGUGAAUUCUUAGGAUAUACAAAAUGUCCAUGCUUCAAGUAAUUGUAGUAGGUGCUACUAAUGUACCGAACGUUGAAAAGUUUGGAGAAAGCGACCCGUAUACCUCCAUCGAAUUUAAAGGUGAAAAGAAAAAAACUGAAGUUCAAAAGUCAUCAUUAAAUCCUAACUGGGGAGAGACAUUUGAUUUUGACUUAAAAGGUCAAACCUUGGGCGGUAGUGAUGAACUAUCGGUAGAAAUCAAAGACUGGGAAAGAGUAGGAAGAAACAGAUUACUAGCAAAAUGCAAAGUACCUUUAAGGAAUUUACUGAAAGGUGGAGCUCAAUCGGAAAAUUUGAAUCUGACCAUGCAGGAUGGCAACGGGAGGCCAACACAGUGUCAACUGAAUAUUAAAGUAAACUACAAACCACCGCCGUCUGCUCAACCAGCAGCUCCAUCUGGUGGUGCCUCAGGACAGAUGGAUCAAGAAGGAGGGGAUGUUGUUGGAGGAAAUAUGAUGGACAUGGCAGAUGGAGAGGAAGAAGAAGAGGAAGAAACUGGACCUCCACAAAUUGACCCUACCACUGGACAACCUGUUCCUAGACCUAAGAAAAGGAGGCGAGCAAGGGGCGCCAUGGCAAGAAGAAUGUUGGGAAAUCUGUCCACAAAGGCUACAGAUUUUCAGAUAAGAGUGAAGAUCAUUGAAGCUCGCCAGUUACAGGGAGACAACAUACAACCAUGUGCCAAAGUAACAGUUGCUAAUCAAACAAAAACAACCAGAGUGAAAAAAUCAACAAACAGUCCUUAUUGGAAUGAACCUUUCUUUUUUAAUUUCCAUAUAUCACCAUUAGAACUAUUUGAAGACUAUAUAGAAUUUAAGGUGUUUAAUGCCAAAACAUUUAGAUCUGAUUCAAUGAUUGGAUCAUUCAAGAUGGAAAUAGGUCAGGUAUAUUUAGAAAACCGACAUGCUUACAUGAACAAAUGGCUGCUACUUAGUGAUGAAGAAGCAGAAAUGGCUGGGGCCAAAGGUUACCUUAAGAUGUGUGUUUGUAUUGUAGGACCAGGAGAUGAUGCUCCGAGUUUUAAAAGUUUACCAGCAGAAGGGGAGGAUGAUAUUGAAAGUAAUCUACUGAGACCAGCAGGUGUCCAGUUACAACCUGCCACAUUUACAGUGAAUCUGUUUAGGGCAGAAGAUAUACCAAGAAUGGACUCUAACUUCCUUCAAGGAGUAAAGAAAUUGUUUGGUUCAGAUGACAAUAAGGAGUUAGUUGAUCCUUAUUUUGUGUUGACAUUUGCUGGAAAGCAGGCACAAUCAAAGAUUAUGUAUAACAAUGACCACCCUGAUUGGAAUCAAGCCUUAAGUCUUGGAAUACAGUUCCCAUCCAUGUGUGAUAAAAUCAAGUUCAUUAUAAAAGAUUGGGAUCGUGUGACGGAGGAUGAUAUCAUCGGAACCUAUAUGUUACCAUUAUCACUUCUCUCUUCACCGGGUGGCGAGGGCUUCUUACCAACAUUUGGACCAUGUUAUGUUAAUUUCUAUGGAUCAACCAGAGAAUUCUCAGAACUUCCCAAUGACUAUGAAGAUCUUAACUUAGGAAAGGGAGAAGGUGUGGCAUACCGAGGAAGGGCUUUAGUAGAACUGAAAACCACAUUGGGUCAGAUGCCAGAUCAAAAUGUAACAGAUAUAGAAAGUGACAAUGUGUUAAGAGUACAGAAAUUCAUGAGGAGAAGGAAAUUUAAAUUACAUGCUGCCUUCCUUAAUGCUACUAUGGUAUCAGCUGUUGAUGCUCCUGUCGAGUUUGAACUUAGCAUAGGUAACUAUGGCAACAAACUUGACGAUAAUGUACCACCAUGUUCUUCUACAACUCAGCCAACAAAUGCAGUAUUUGAUGGAUGCCAUUAUUAUUAUCUGCCAUGGGGAGGAACAAAGCCAUGUGUUGUGGUUGACUGCUCAUGGGAAGAUAUUAGUUUCCGAUUGGAAACUUUGAACUUGCUUCUCACCAUUGUUGAUAAUCUGGAAGGAAAUAUUGAACAAGUGAAAAUAGGAACCAAAGCCAAAUUACCAACACCAGAACUAGCCCAGUUGUUAAUGUCCUUGUUAGAACAACUAGUCAAUGACUGCAGGAAGCAAGUGGCUUUACCACAACAAGGUCGACAUGUGGAAAAUAAUCUAGACAAAUUGUUACGUUCUUAUCGUAAAGAGGAGUUACAGUAUAUUAUAGAAGAGGCAAGCAAUCUGAGAGAAAAUGCAACAGACAUCAAUGAAGCCAUAUCGGAAGUGGAAGGAAUAUUGCAGCGUCUCAAGAACUUAGCACAAGAGCCUCAAAACAGCAUGCCAGAUGUGAUAUUAUGGAUGAUUAGUGGUGAAAAGAGGAUAGCUUACUAUAGAAUACCUGCCAAUGAAGUCUUAUAUUCCUCACAUCCAGAUUAUAUUGGUAGAAAAUGUGGCAAAAUACAGUCAAUUCAAAUGAAGUAUCCUGGACGUCUGGGUGAUGAAAACAAGAAACCUGAAGUUCCUGCUCUUGUCCGAUGUAAGAUCUGGCUCGGUCUAGUCAAUGAAGAGCAAGAAUGGCACAAAAUGCAAACAGAAGGAGAACUAGCAGUAUAUGCUGAAACUUAUGAAAAUCAACUGACAUUACCAAUUGUUGGAUGGACAAACAAGGGACCAUUAAACAGACCAAAGUGGUCAGACAGUCAAGGAAAAGUCAAAUCUCCAAAAGAUAAGUUUGAACCACCACCUGGAUGGAGAUGGGACAGUGAAUGGUAUAUCAGUCCAGAAUUAAGUAUGUUGUAUGACAAAGAUGCUGGACACAAAACAUUCAUGGAGGAUGUAUAUGAAGUACAAUCUCGAUUGCCAGGAACUCGCUGGGUAGAGGCUUCUCGACCAUGGACAGAUGUUAAAGGUGAUCCUCUUGCCAGUAGAACAGAGAUCCAGUUACCUGUAGGUUGGACCUGGGAAGAUGAAUGGGAGAUAGAUCUUAGUAGGGCUGUGGAUGAAGAAGGUUUCGAAUACUGUGUAGAAGCUACCAUUGGUGGGUAUGGGCCAGUAGAGAAAACAUACCAUUUGUGUCGUAGGAGACGUUGGGUUCGUAACAGACGUCUGGUUGACUCAACAAAACAAAAGAAACAGGAAAUUAGGUCUAAAGCUAAAGCUAAAGCAAAGAAGAUGGGUGAAAUGAAAGAAGGAUGGGAGUAUGCUCCCCUGUUCAAUUUGAAGUUUCAUCUGGAAGAGAGAACAAUGGAUCUGGUCAGACGAAGAAGAUGGCACAGAAAGAUGGUGGCAGAAACACUAGGGGCCCCUUGUUUCUUUAGCCUUCAAGUAGAGGAUGAAGACGACAAGGAGAAUAUUGAAUCCAACCUUACAGCACCUAGGAUGUUUCUAACAUUUGAUAAACCAUACAAGUACCAGUUGAGAUGUUAUAUAUACCAGGCCCGAGACCUCCUGGCAGGAGAUGAUACAGGAUUAUCAGAUCCCUAUGCAAGAGUAUCAUUCCUGACUAACAGUAUGGUAACUGAACAAGUGAAAAAGUCUCUUUGUCCGUGCUGGGAUCAAACACUGAUAUUUGAAGAACUUGAUAUUUAUGGAGAUCCUAGAGUAAUUGAGGCUCAGCCACCAAAUAUUACUAUAGAGAUAUAUGAUCAUGAUAAAUUUGGGGCAAAUGAAUUUUUGGGAAGAUGUGUGGCACAACCAAUGGUCAAACUUGAUCCUGCAGAUGCUCGCAUGCCAGUGUUACAGUGGUACGAAAUAAAACGUAACAAUGACCAUGGAGGAGAACUUCUGGCAGCUUUUGAAUUAUUCUUGGCCCCAACCAAACAAAGUAGUACAUCUGAAUCAGAGUCGUUAAAUGGAGCAGACUUGCCAUUCUUGCCACCAAAGAAAGGACAGCUAUACCUUGUCCCUAAUGGUAUCAGACCAGUCAUGCAGAGAACUGGUAUUGAGGUUCUAUGCUGGGGUGUCAGAAACAUGAAGAAGUUCCAGCUUUCAUCAGUGACUUCCCCUAGUAUUGAGUUUGAAUGUGGAGGACAUGUUUUGGAAUCAAAGAUCAUAAAAAAUACCAAAAAGAAUCCAAACUUUGAAGAACCAAUUCUAUUCUUUGAUGUGAUGUUACCAAGAGAAGAACUGUACAUGCCACCUAUGAAUGUAAGAAUCAAAGAUCAUCGUGAAUUUGGAAGAAAGCCAACUGUCGGUAUACAUGUAAUUAAAUCAUUGGAGGCCUUCCGUUGUAAUCCCAUCAUGCCUGGCGAGGAGGAACAGAGGGAAGUUCAAGGGGAAACCCAAUCCCAUGCAGAUUAUGUUCAGCUAUUAGACGAGGCAGUGAGCCGAGUGCAAUCCUCCUCCUCACAAAGAGCAAUAGUACCAGUAAAUGGCCCAAGUGGUGGGGAACACGUGGUAGAAAUGCCAGACAGUGGGGAGAAAGGACAGGAUAACCCAUUGGCAUUGGGUGAUAUUGUUGUACAAUUUGAAAUGGGGAUAUUGGCUAAAGCUAGAGAGGUUGUGCAGUCUAAACUGCCUACUACGAUUUACAGAGAUAGAAAGGCUGAGGCUGCAGAAGCAGAAGCUGACCUUGAUUGGUGGUCUAAAUACUAUGCCUCUGGUGACCCUAAAAACAAGGACAAAUGUGCUAAAUACCUUAAGAAAGGCAUGGAUAAAAUCAAGAUUUAUGACACAGAGUUGGAGAAAGCUGAAGGGCAUGGAGAUUUUGCAGAUUUCUGUCAUUCUUUUGACUUUAGUCGAGGGAAAGAUGAGGAAGAUGAAGAAUGCAAUAUUGUAGGAGAAUUGAAGGGAGGAUUUAGGGUGUAUCCACUUCCCCCAGACCCUAAUGAACCAAUACCAAAGAAGAUGUUUAGUACUCUACCACAGCCAGACCCUGAGGAGUGUACCAUCAGAAUCUAUGUUAUCAACGGCAGUGAUUUACAACCAGCUGACAGUAAUGGAAAGGCUGAUCCAUAUAUAGAAAUUGAGCUUGGUAAAAAGAAGAUAAACGACAGAGAUGAUUAUGUACCAAAUACCACAGAUCCUGUCUUUGGGAGAAUGUUUGAGUUAAAUGCUGUAUUACCAGUGAUGAAGGAUCUGACUAUUCGAUUAAAGGAUUAUGACAUCAUUAGUAGCGAUGAUUUGAUUGGUGAGACAGUUAUUGACCUUGAAAACAGAUAUCUGUCCAAGCAGAGGGCAACAUGUGGUAUACCUCAGACUUACUCGAUAGCUGGUAUAAAUCAGUGGCGUGACAGUCAGAAGCCAAAGGAGAUUCUGGAGAUGUACUGUAAAAAGAACAAUAUAAUAGGACCAUUGUUUUAUGGAAACAACAGUGUUAAAGUAGGCAGCAAGGUUUACAAUAUCGCUGAUUUUGAAAGCCAAAACAGAUCAAAGAGAGAUUAUCCAAAUGAUGGACCAAUGGAUGAAAGACUAGCUCUUCACGUACUGAAUACAUUCCCAAUUGUCAAGGAACACAUUGAAUCUAGACCACUGUUUAAUCCAGUCCAGCCUAACAUUGAACAAGGACGAAUACAGAUGUUUGUUGACAUAUUUCCUACCUCACUUGGACCACCUGGUCCACCAUUCAAGAUAGAGCCUCGUAGAGCAAAAGAAUAUGUCCUAAGAUGUAUUAUAUGGAACACAGUAGAUGUAAAACUUGAUGAGACAUCCCUGGUGGGAGAAUCUAUGAGUGAUAUUUACGUCAAAGGCUGGGUUUCUGGAAUCGAUGAGAAACAGAAAACAGAUGUUCAUUACAGAUCGUUAGAUGGGGAGGGAAACUUCAACUGGAGAUUUGUCUUCCCAUUUGAGUUUAUCCCUGAAGAACAGACAAUGGUUAUCAAGAAAAAGGAACAUUUCUGGAGUUUAGAUGAGACAGUACAACAUCUUCAACCCAUUAUAAUGAUGCAAAUCUGGGACAAUGAUAUCUUUAAUCCAGAUGACUUCUUAGGAACAUUAUCUCUUAACUUGAAUGCAAUGCCUAAACCAGCAAAGUCCAGUUCCAAGUGUCUGUUAGACAGACUUCCAGACUUUAACCCACAAGUGGAACUAGUUUCAUUGUUUGACCAAAAACGUCUCAAAGGUUACUGGCCUGUUUAUGGCGAACAGGUGGGAGAAAACGGUGAAAAGACAGGUCAAAGGGAACUUACAGGAAAAAUAGAAAUGGAAUUAGAGUUAGUAACAAAAGCAGAAGCAGAGGAGAGACCAUCAGGUCAAGGUCAGGAGGAACCAAACAUGAAUCCUCAUCUGGAUCCACCAAAACGUCCAGAAACUUCCUUCUUUUGGUUAGCGUCACCAUGGAAAUCUUUUAAGCAUAUUAUUUGGCGUAAUUACAAAUGGUGGAUCAUCGGUUUCAUUGUCCUAGUCUUGAUUCUUCUCCUGUUAUUCCUGUUCAUCUACUCACUACCUGGGGACAUUUCUGGGAAGAUUAUUGGCAAUUGAUGAUAAUGUCUGAAUCACCUUGGUUUGAACUUUUGAAAUGUUAUAAGUGGUACAAGUGCUGUGAUGGGUAAAACACAACAGUGAAUUUGAAAAGCAGCUAUUGUGUUAUUCAAUUAGUUGUAACGACAAUGUGGUUUUACUUAAAAAAAAAUUGCUGUUGAUCAUUCAUGUGAGAUGUUAUACUUAUGGUACCAUUAGACCAGAGACAUAUAAUACAAGAGAUUUUAUGAUAUUUUGUCCUGUUGAGAAUCUCUUGUAUUAUAUGUCUCUUAAUAGACUGAUUGAAUUGUUCUAGAUCCUUUAUGAUUGUAAAUUUAUGUAUUCCUUUAAAUGAACAUACAUUUGGAAUAUAUUUUUAAUUAUAAAAGAUUGACUGCUUAAUAGUUAAGUACAGGCCAUGGAUCUAGAUUUUUUAAAAAGGGGUUCAGUCUUAUAUUGUAUUAUUGAAGUUCUUAAAUUUUCAUGCAUCAGAGGCAGAUAUAAGGGGGGGUGGCAGGGUGCCCGGGCCUCCCAUUAGGGAACUAUAUUUAUGGUUAAAGCAAACCUAUACCUGUUUCACUCCAAACGUUGCCUAGUUUGGGGGCCUGAGCCCCCUAUUUUCAAAAUCCUAGAUCCACAUCUGUAUAUAACUACCUACUUACUUUGUGUUAGCAUUGAGCUUAUGUAUUGAUUGUUUUUAUCAUUUUUAUCUUUUAUUUUUUUCCAUCUGGGUCAAAAAAUAAAGACCUUAUCUAUUGAAAUUUAGUAUUUCAAUUUUGUUCCUAUCAACUUGUCCUCAUGUAACAAGUCUAUGUGUAAACUGUACAUAUUUCGUUUAAAUGAAUCUGGAAGAUCAAUGUGCACUGUCGGAAUGUAGGUACGAUUGAACAUAAUGUUAUAACAUAAUGUUUGUUGCUUAUUAAAUAAGAUAAUUUAUUUUUAUAUGUUUCUUUUCUUUUUUAAUAGAAAACAAAAUAAUUCUGAAUCAAAAGUUACAUCAAAUACUACUUGCAGAAAUCAAAUCUGUUAUUAAAAUAUUUCUCAAAAGUCAGAUCAAAUUUGUUUACACAUACAUGUAUAUCUUAUUACCUUAUUUAAAUACAUAAGGUUCAGUUAAUAUGAUAUAAUAAUUGUUUUUAAUUUACUCUAUAAAAAAUCUAUUUAGAUUUUAUUGAACAUUUAUUUAGAAAACUAGUCAAAAAAUAUUAAACUUGUAUUUUCUGUACAUUGAAUAAAAUGAAAUCACAAGUAUCCCUAUCUGUUGUAUUGCAAUUGGCAUUCUUGAUAUUAAAAGCUUUUAAUAUUCUUGUGAAACAUGGCAUUGGUUUUUACUAUUUUAUGAAUUUUUGAAUGAUUGUUUUAGAGGAAAUAUGUGGCAUGACAACGAAUAAUGUUAUGUGUUUGUUAAAUAUAUUUGAUAUACACAAUCUAACUUUUUGAAUAUAUUUUCAUAUUUUGUGAUAUUUUAUGGGGUCUUUCUUUGAAGAUAUUGUUAUGGGACAGUUUCACUAUGCAUAUAUGUUAUUUUAUUAAUUUUUUUAUUUUUUUCACAAAGUAGUACAAAUGUAAUAUAAAUGUUCCAUUUGAAGUAUGGCAAUUUUAAAGUCUAAAACAUUACUGUUGUAAUUGUACAAGAAAUUUAAAUGGUUCCCCUUCAAAUUUGAUUGGCCACAGCUAUGUCUUCACCUGCUUUUGGUGAGUAUUACUACUAUCCUCUUUUACCCUUUUAGUGGUAGAAUGCACCUUUUCUUCUGAAAUUGUUUACAAUUUGAAGUUAGAAAUUACAUAUAAAUCAAGAGUAAAAUAUGAACAUGCCCUUUUUGGUCCAGGUCCUUGUACCACCAUUUUUUGAGUGAAAUUGUUACUGUUAAUACAUGGAAUUAAGCAGGGUUAAACAAGAUAGAAAAAAAGUUGUUAAUAAAUGGUGCUUUUGGAGAUUGUUUUUGUCAUGUGGCUGUGCUGUUAUACUUCAGAGCUGGAUACACAUGUUUCUCUCAGAAUUAUAAUUUACUUCCUGCUUUCAGUUUAUCUAACACAUACAAUACUCCAUAGCUUGAUAAUCUGUGAUAUCUCAUUGUUUGAAAAAUUAAAAUAACCAUACUUAAACCUCAAAAUUUGUAAUUAUGCUCAUUUUUUUGACUACUUCAUUGUUUUAUUAUGGUUGACAAUAAACUCAUGGGAGUGGACCAUAGCACAUCGUGUUGGAUUUUAAAAAACAUUAAGGCAAUUACUUAACUUUUUUAAAAGAUAUUUCAACAAAUAAGAGGAAAUAAGUAAAAAUUGCAUUUUAUUAUUAAAAAUAAAUUUUAUUUCAGCAAGUUCAAAUAACUUUCUAGAAUUUUCUGUGGCAGAACUUUAUAUGAUGUCACAAAAGUUUAUUUUUGUUCUUUACAUCUUCAAAUUCCAAAUACAUGCCAAUAAAGUUUUCUUGGCCUUAUAUAUCUUCUGCUACCACAUUUAAUUUAACCAUUUAUUGUUCAGAUAUUAUUAGGCACAAUGCUUGUAUUUGUUAUAUAAAUCAUAAAGUGCAAUUGUAUCUUUAGGACUGUUUUUUUAGAUCUUUAGUUAUAUACUUUGAUAUAUACUUUGUAGAUUAAUUUAUAUAUAUAAUCAAAUAACAAUAAAGUUGUUCUGUUA